ACUGAUAACAACUAUGAGGCAAUCAAAUCUGCAUUGCAAAAAACUUUUAACCUUACUCCUGAGUCUUACAGGAAAAAGUUUAGAAGUAUGCAGCAAUGCCCAUCCUCCAGCUGCAUUCUAUAUGUUGCACAAUUAGAAACCACGUUCCGGCAAUGGGUAACAGGAGUACAAGCUACUACCUAUGAAGCCCUUAAUGACUUAAUGGUCCUGGAGCAGUUCUUGCAGACCCGGAGCCCUAAUGUACGAGA